UUUAGUUGUAAUUCGCACCUACUCCAUCACUCCGUGAUGGAGUUGGGUGACGAAGAAGGCCCCCCAGACUGGGGAGGUACGAGUUCUUCUUCCAGGAAGAAAUCCUCUACGCCUCGCCCUUCUAAGCGACCUGCCGAAUCUGCAAUAGAAUCGGAACCAAAAAAAACUUCUCCCCCAUCGGACUCAAUCCAAUCUGUUUUUCAUCGUCCGGGUUUUGAACCGGACUCUAUCAUUAAAUAUACCGACGAAGACGAUGCUCCGUUUAUCGUAUAUGUUACGAGGAUGGAACCCGAUCCUUCUGCGGGUCUAUCUAUUAAGCUGCUUAAAUUUGCUCAAUUUCUGCAUCAAAAUUCUGUCAGUGGUAUCAAAUCUGGGGGACUUAAACUCAUGGGCAGGAACAAAAUUUCAAUCGAAUUUACAGAUAGGGACUCUGCCAAUUCUUUUUUAGAAAAUCCUUUAAUCCCAAAUAAUAAAUAUACUGCGUCUGUCCCGAGAUUCAAUAUCUCUCGCAUGGGAGUUGUUAGAGAUAUCCCUACGGACUGGACUCUUGAAGAAUUAAUUAAUAAUAUUUCUGUUCCGCCCAACUGUGGUCAGGUAGUAAUGGCCAGACGUCUUAACUCCAAAUCAAAGAAACCUGACUCCUCCGUUUCCUGGUUCCCAACCACUACUGUUGUCCUUACUUUCCGUGGACAUGUCCUCCCGGAAAGAGUUUUUUGUUUCCAUACCUCUCUCCCUGUAUCAGUCUACCUCCUCCCCACAAUCCAAUGUAGGAACUGCUGUAAAUUUGGUCAUAUCAGCAAACAGUGCCGCUCCAAACCACGCUGCUAUAGGUGUGGCCAAUUCCAACACUCAGGUGAUUCAUGCUCCUCAGAUGUUCCUUUAUUAUGUUUAUUCUGCGGGAAUUCCCAUCUUGCUACUGACCCAUCCUGCCCCGAACAUAUUAGGCAGAAACAAAUAAAAGUUAUCAUGGCAAACGAUAACAUUAGUUACUCUGAGGCAGCAAUGAAAAUUCCUCAAAAACGUUCUUUUUCACAAGUUGCUGCUGCAGAUACCCCUGCUUCCUCCCAAUUCUACUCCUCCCAAUCUCCAGUCUCCUCUCCACAACGCCCACCAAACCCUCCCCGCUCUUCAGCCCCCAAUCUGUCUUCCUCUUACAAAAAAACGAUUACAAUUUCCCCUAAAACCAGACCAGAGCUUGGUAAGUCUUAUGACAUUCAGGCUCUCAGAGAAAUUACCGCAACUCCAAAAUCUUCCCUUCCCAAUGGUUGUGCGUGUUCUUGCCAACACCAGGACCCUUCCACUGCUUUAUCUCCAAAUGAUAACCUAUUUGAGAUUUUAGCAGACGCCCUUAUCCAAUUUUUAUCACGAGAUGUUGAUAUGUUACCGCCCAAUAUCAUUUCUCGUCUUCAACAAAUAAUCGUUCCCAUCCUUUCCAAACAUAAUGGACCAAGUUCUUCUUCAGUGGAAUACUAG